AAAAUCGCGUGACGUCAUUUAUGGACGGCCCCAAAGGGCAUCGUUACUGUAAACUUGACAAACGCGAAACUCCUCCGAUCGCCGUUGCGUAUUUAUUACAUAAAGCACGAGCAUAUAUUUCGUCACUCACGCCACCACGCAGCUUGAAUGAAGACGUCUGCCCACGUGUGAGUGGGAGGAGGGGGUGUGGAGCUGGCUGCGCAUGCGGGGAUGUAAGCGAGGCAGGCGGCCAGAGAGGCACGCGGAGAGCGAGCAGGCAGGCCGGGAGAAUAUACGACCAUGGCUCACAAAGGGAAUACCGUGGAGGAUGAACAACCGAUGUGGGCUGGAGCGAGUGGAGCUUCUCAGAAAAAAUCACACAAGACCGGCGCCUAACAGAUGGUGGUCCGUUGCCUUUGGAGAGCUCUCACCGCCGUCGUUCUAGACAACACCGCCGCAGUGCCGGCCUCUGCAAUUAGCAUUCUGCUCCGGCCGCCCUCCCACAAGCUCCGCUGUGGCAGCUGCCUUGUGUUUUUUUUAUAACCAGCUGCUCCUAAGCCGAUGCGUGGGGUGGGGGACAAAGGAAUAUGACUAUGGAUGAAUGAAUGGCCACAUUUCACGUGGACACGCACUCGAAGUGUAAUGUUCAUAUGUAAAUUACGAAAAAAAUUGCAGCAUUACCAAGGUAGAGGAGUGGCAUGGCAAAAUAUCACACGGUGCUGUCGCUGCACGCGCGCUUUCGGGACGUGUGCCUGACGCGGUCGUAUCAGUCCGCACUGGCGCCGGAGCACAGCGCUCGCAUCGGGAACAAAAACGCGAUCUCUGAUUGGGGCGCCAGGUCCGGUGGGUCUGAGCAUGCCCGAGGGAGCGAUGCCUCGUUACGCGUGAGCUGCCUGCGUUCAGACGAACCGCUGCCGGGCGUUGGGCUCCGAGCCACCCCUUUAUUGUUGCCGGAAAGCGUGAGCCAAUUGCGCGCGAUAUCGGCAGCCUGGGAUGGCGACUCGAUAGGCGGGAACAUUGUCGUCGGCGCUGCGGCCCUCCGGCUGCGAGCGUGCCGCGGCAGCGGCGGUGAGCGUAGGGAAAUGGGCAAUCAGGAUGGCAAGCUGAGGAAGGGGAGCGUUGCCGAGGGUGCCGGCGAGAGGGGACUAGCCGAGGAUGCUGCGAGGGGCGAGGCCUCUGGGAAGCCCGCGUCCGCUUACAAAGACUCUGGCAAAAAGGGUAAGCUCGGCCGCAGCAAGGGCGAGCAGAAGAAGAAAGCGAAGGGAGACUCCUCCUCGGGCUCCUCCGUUUUUUCCGGGAUUCGCAAACGUAAAUCGGCGGCUGCCGUCUUUGCCGCCGCUGCCCACGGCCGCACUGAAGCUGUUGCUGCGGCCGACCUGGAAGCUGAGCACGAGAAAUCGUCCACGCACACCGAGGACAGCGGCGAUUUCACGGCCAGCGUCGGCGACGUCUGCGGCGGGAGGCAGGCGGUGCACGCCGGUGCACAGGUCGGUAAUAUCGUUCCCGGCACCAGGGUGGACAAGGAGAAGACGGAGCCAAAGGCUGUCGCAGCGCUACAGAGAGAAUGCACCGUGCUGAGCUCUGGAUCUGACACAGACGCUUACAGCUUUCACUCUGCACCUGACUUUGACCAAGGACUGGACAAAGGCCUCAUGGGUGGGGAUGACCUGCUGGCUGAUAUACAGCUCGCUAUGAAAAUGCAGUUAAUUCCAGGUGAACUCAAAGCAGCUUCAAAGCGCAGUGAUGCAAACAAUGUAUCGCUGGAAGGCUCGACGGACCAUGACGUGUGCCAUGACAACAACAAGGCAUCCGAUGACAAUCUUGUUGGCAGAAGUCCUUCCAAUGUGGCGGCAGGUGGAACGACUUUUUCACAUCCGCCGUCUGGCACCUUGGAUACUGGAAAACUUGAGAAAACAGUAAAACCGUUGAGUGAAGGAGCUCAAGACCACAUUACACAGCUGGAAGUUACAGAACUGCAGUCAACCGAUGGAAAAGCAAUGGGAAACAAUGUUAGAAGUAAAGAGGUGGCUGAUGUACAACCUUUGGUCGGUGAUCUACCAUCUGUUAAAGCUGUGAAUGGUGGAAUUGUGGAAGGGAAUAAGUUUAAAUUCGAUGGAGAGCAAGAAGUUGGCCAUAUGAACUUACCUGCAUCCUUGCUGGCUAACGCUGGUGCUACGGAUGUGGUGGGAGCUUUUGAGGAUCACAGAAAAUCCAGCUUGGACGCUGCUGCGUUUGAAGGAGACUGCAGCAACACGAAGCAGGCCUGGGCACGCCGAGAGUCUAAGGCCGGCACCAGCGCGACCACGCUACUCGCUGACAAAAACUCGCAUCCGCACCCCGGCACGCCGCUCGCCACCUCGACUCUGCGCGUAUCUCCUCACCACCACCAGCACCACCAUCACAUCAACACCACGUACGCCAUCACCACCACGCGCCAGCUCAGCUCGCCUCUCUCCUCGCCGCUGCCCUCGCCGGCGCCCAGCCCGCUACUGCAGCGGCGCCUGGCCGGGCCCGAGACCACGGGCGACCAGGGGCGGCCCGGGGAGAAUCGGCACCGAUGGAGGGACGCGAUGACGGCGGCCACCAAGCCGCUGGUCUCGGCCUGGGAUGCCGCGGCGAUGAGCCGCUCGGCUGACUGGACGGAAGAGGUGAUGAGGCUGCCGUGCGGAGAGCCACGCCUAAGGAGGGCCGGUUCCAUGAGUCUCCUCGGCUCUCCCGAAGCGGGCCACGGCAGGACGCCUUCGUCGCCGACCGUCGCCGUUUUCACAGGUAAAACGUUGCUGGACUGGCUGUCCCAUGCCCCGUUCGGAGAGGGGGCUCUCACCUUCGCUGUGACGGGCUCCACGGAGCUGGGUGGCCCAGCUGGUCCAGGCGGACCAGGCGGGCCAGGCAUCCAAAGUGAGGCCAUGCCCGGCGACGCGGUGGGCCUCUGCUGCCACUUGCUGGAAGUGGGGCUGCUUCGAGCUGUCGGGGACUCUUUGGACCACCUGGCUGUGGCUGAUGACUCUCAUGCCGACAAGCCAACAUUCAGGAUGGAGCAGGAGUACACGUGGGUAGCCCUGGGGCAGCAGAGAACGUCGUGGAAGAGACUACAGGCCGUGUGGCCUCCGCCGGCACUGCCUCAAGACGCAGAGGCCCACCCAACGCUGGACAGCUCCUUGUCAGGUGUGGAUGACAUUAAACAGCUCCAGGCUUCACUCAUCCGCGUGCAGCACCAGCAUGAAGAAGAACUACAGAAGCUUCAGGGUGAGAACGAGCGGGCGGUGACGCAGACGAGCGGCGAGCAUGCGCGCCGUGUCUCGGACCUGGAGAGGAUCAUCGCGGACCUCCAGCAGAGGCUGAGCGAGCUGAGCGGGCGCCCGCCGGCCGACACGAGGGAGGCGGGGGUGGACACGCAAGGCGAUGUGUACACCACCAUGCUGCAGCAUGCUGCGGUCCAGACUGAGAAACUAAACCUCCUGCUCGCCCUGGAGGAGCGCAACCAGCAGGCCAAGGGAGUGCAGACGUCGCCGGAGAAACCGAGGCAUUCUCCGCCGAGCGGUAUUUUUUCCAAAGAAGUGCCUUCAUCACAACUGCAGCUCGGUGGCUCUGCAGAGCUGAGCAGCUUGAUACCUCUACCUCCUCCCCUCCCAGGAGGUCCAGACUCUUCUGUGCCUCCACCUCCACCACCUCCACCACCUCCUCCACCACCGCCACUUCCACCUCUUCCGGAAGGAUACAUCCCUAUUCCUCCUCCGCUUCCAGGAGGUUUUGUGUGCCCGCCUCCUCCGCCUCCUCCUCCGCCUCCUCCGCCACCCCCGCCACCCCCGCCACCCCCGCCACCCCCGCCACCCCCGCCACCUCCUCUGCCAGGGGCAUCAGCAUUCAUCCCUCCUCCACCACCUCUGCCUGGAGGCCCAAUGUGUCCACCUCCUCCGCCUCCUCUGCCAGGAGGCCCAAUGUGUCCUCCCCCUCCUCCACCUCUACCGGGCGCCUCAGGUGCUCCUCCAAUGCCCCCACCGGCGCCGCCAGGGCACGGUCUGAGCACGCAGAUGAUGCUACCCGGGGGAGGCCUCGCGUUGGCCCCACUGACGUCGAUCGUUGACAAGCAGAGCAGGAAGCCGCCCGUGGAGCCGAGCUGCCCCAUGAAGCCACUUUAUUGGACCCGCAUUCAGCUCAAAGUAAAGAGGGACGAUAGCAGCGAUACAUUCUGGGACAGCCUAGAGGAGCUGGUGAUCAACCCCAAGGAGUUUGAAGAGCUCUUCUCGAAGAAGAGCGUCAAGGAGAAGAAGAAACCACUGGCGGACACUUUCAUUAAGAAGUCUAAAGUCAAGCAGGUCGUGAAGGUACUGGACAGCAAGCGGUCGCAAGCCGUCGGUAUCCUCAUGUCCAGCCUCCACCUGGAGAUGAAGGACAUUCAGCAAGCUGUCUUAUACUUGGAUAAUUCCGUGGUCGAUUUGGAGACACUGCAGGCGCUUUAUGAAAAUAGAGCCCAGAAGGAAGAACUUGAGAAAAUAGAGAAGCACGUGAAGCCGAGCAAAGACAAGAGCGACCACAAGCCACUGGACAAACCCGAGCAGUUCCUCUACGAGCUGUCACGGAUCCCGUGCUUCGCGGAACGCGUGUUCUGCGUCAUCUUCCAGGCCACGUUCACCGAGGGCAUCACCACGAUUCGCCGCAAGAUGCUCAUCCUGCAGCGCGUGUGCAAGAGCCUGCGCAGCAGCGAGGGAGUGCAGCAGGUGCUGGGUCUCAUCCUGGCGCUGGGGAACUACAUGAACGGCGGAAACCGCACUCGGGGCCAGGCGGACGGAUUCGGCCUCGAGAUCCUUCCCAAGCUCAGCGACGUCAAGAGCAGCGACAAUCGAAUCAGCCUGGUCAGCUACAUCGUGACGUUUUAUCUGAGGAACAUCGACAAGAACGCUGGCACGGACCACAGUGUGUUCCCCUUGCCAGAGCCGCAGGAUCUGUUCCAAGUCUCGCAGCUCAAGUUUGAUGAUUUUCAAAAAGAUCUGCGGAAAUUGAGGAAAGAUCUACAAGUGUGCGAGACUGAGAUGGCGAAGGUUUGCCGACUUUCCAGCGAGGAAAAUCUGGAGCCGUUCAAGUCCGAAAUGGAAGAAUUCGUCGAGAAAGCAAAAGUUGAACAAGAUGCAGAGGAGAGGUUUCUGGAAGAAUCGCACGCAAGUUUUCUCGAGACGGCUCGCUUCUUUGGUAUAAAGCCCCGGUCAGGAGAGAAGGAGGUCUCUCCAAAUCAUUUCUUUUCGCUGUGGCACGAGUUCUGCUCACACUUCAAGGACUGCUGGAAGAAAGACAGCAAGCUCAUCGCUGCAGAGCUACUCAAACAAGCACAGCAGAAUGUCCAGCAGAAGAUGGAAGAAAAGAAGGCACCGACUACUGCCAAAAAAUCAACAGGACUGAAAGCCAAACUACAUCAGAAGGAGGCCAAACCCUAGUUCUCUGCAAACGUUGACCGACGUGGAAACUUCCAGUGUCAAAACCCCCUGCAUAUUCACCACGCACAUUUUGUGGCCAAUGGUAUUUCACUGAAGUUUAUAAGUGGGCCCUGAAGACUGUCUGCAAGUCUGCGUGAUACCGUUUACCGCAUCGUUGUUUACAAAGGUAUAGCAGGAAGGCCAUAAACUGGUGGCACUAUACGGUGGUUUGCCAUCACUGUGUCACCCCAGUGUGUGUGUGUGCAUUCGAACAUUCCAAAUUGUAAUGCCACACAUCCGCCAGUGUUGCAGUCAUAUGAUGAAAGCUGGAGUGAUUGCAAAAAUAUAUGAAGGAAAAUCCACGUGACGGAAGCAAACAUCGCCAAGAGAAUGGAAAAAUGCAUAUUGUGCAGAGGUGACUUGUGGAGGAUGAAAUUGAGGUGGAUGCACUUUUUGUUUUAGUUUCAGUUUAUUUAUUUUGGUAUAGCCCUGUGAGCCAUUCGGCUCUUAACUCGAAGAGAAUGAUUAUCCAGCUUAGGAUUCCCAAAAAAAUAGAAAUCAAGAAAAGCAAUAGUUUGCACAUUGUAAAUAAUUGUACAUAAUUUACACCUACAAUAGCAAUGUAUAGGUGAAGUAGUUGUCUCUCAAAUUUGAAUGUAUCAAAUGUGUACUUGCAAUUUUAUUUCUUUGCCCCAAUGUGUGUAUGUGUACGUGCCGUUAUAGCAUAGCUUGCCAUAUUUUAUCAGACAUUGGCCUUUUUGCGUGAAUAAUUGCCAUUAUGAACUCUGCAGUAUUUUUGUUUUUAAGUCUACACUGUACACUUACCCUACUGAACUACUCUCGCAGCUAUCUGGAAAUUUGAGAAAUAAAUGAGUGACUUGACCAUAUUUUUUCACCAUGCUGGUCAGUGGGAGUUGCUGAAUGGGGUGUCCAGGUGCAGCUCAGACACAAAUCGCCACCGAUGUUAGCAGCGGCCAGGAAUCUGAACUCGGGUAGCCGGGGUUCAAGUUGCAGUGGGCAUCCUCCGCUUCAUUCCCAAAGUAGAAUAAGGUGGUUAAAUGACGUACUUUAAACUGUCGACAGCAAGAGAGAGAUGGCCGAUAGUCGAGGAUUGUGACUGAGCGAUAGCCAAGGAAUGUGACGCGUCUGAGAGCACGGACGACCAUUGUGGAGACGGAGCGGUCAAAUCGGCUCCCGUGUAUUAGGUGCUCGUUUUAUUGGCGUGGAGAGCUGGCGAUGGCUAGAGGGGAGGCCUUCAUCCAGCAGUGGAUCGCUCGUUGCUGCUCGUGGUUAAUGAUACCGUGAAGCAAAUUGCUCAUGUGCCAUUUAUCCAGGCCGAAGCCCUUUAAUCGCCACGUGCCAACAAGCGCACACGUCACGUGCACAUCUUGAAAUCUUCAUCAAGAUAAGCUGUAGUUCAAUAUUUUUUUUUAUAAAAGACAACACGUCAUUU